CGUCGGGAUGAUGGGUGACAAUUCCACUGCUGGAUCAGUUACCCCUCUGCAGCCGUUCAAUGUUGCUGACAUUCUUGUCAUCGUGGCUUAUUUUGCCUUGAACGUGGCUGUGGGAAUAUGGUCCUCAUGCAGGGUGAAUAGGAAUACGCUCAGUGGCUACUUCCUUGCUGGCAGGAGCAUGGCGUGGUGGCCUAUUGGAGCCUCCCUCUUUGCCAGCAGUGAAGGAUCAGGGCUCUUUAUUGGACUGGCUGGGACUGGAGCUGCUGGGGGAAUUGCCGUCGCUGGCUUUGAAUGGAAUGCUACCUAUGUCCUGCUGGCAUUGGCCUGGGUGUUUGUACCAGUCUACAUCUCCUCGGGGAUCGUCACCAUGCCGGAGUAUCUCCAGAGACGGUUCGGAGGGGAGAGAAUCCGGAUGUAUCUCUCCGCCCUGUCACUCCUGCUCUCCGUCUUCACCAAAAUAUCGACAGAUCUGUAUUCGGGGGCCCUGUUUGUACAAGUUUGCCUAGGCUGGAACCUCUACCUCUCCACCGUCCUGAUGCUGGUGGUCACAGCUCUCUACACCAUCGCUGGUGGGCUAGCAGCUGUGAUCUACACUGACGCGCUGCAGACGCUCAUCAUGAUCAUCGGAGCCGUCAUCUUAGCGGUAACCGCGUUUAGCAAGAUCGGAGGAUACCAGAACUUGGCAGAGGCUUAUUUAAAGGCUGUUCCGGCCAAGAUUAUCCCCAACACAACAUGCCACCUGCCCAGAGCGGACGCCAUGCACCUCUUCCGAGAUCCCGUCUCCGGAGACCUCCCCUGGACUGGCAUGACUUUCGGGCUAUCUGUCUUGGCCACUUGGUACUGGUGCACCGACCAGGUCAUUGUGCAGAGGUCUCUCUCGGCUAAGAACCUGAGUCACGCCAAGGCCGGCUCCAUCCUGGCGAGCUAUUUGAAAAUGCUGCCGCUGGGGGUUAUCAUCAUGCCGGGGAUGAUCAGCCGGGUUCUCUACCCAGAUGCCGUCAGCUGCGUCGAUCCCGACGAGUGCGUCCGAGUGUGCGGGUCUGAGGUGGGCUGCUCCAACAUCGCUUACCCCAAGCUGGUGGUCGAACUGAUGCCCAGUGGGCUGCGAGGGUUAAUGAUUGCAGUGAUGAUGGCUGCCCUGAUGUCCUCCCUGACCUCCGUAUUCAACAGCAGCAGCACCCUCUUCACCCUGGACAUCUGGAAGAAGAUCCGGCGGAAUGCCAAGGAGCGGGAGCUGCUGCUGGUGGGAAGCUGGCGGAACGUCUGUUUCUUCACACGCGGGGUUGCUGCCUCUUGCAGGACAGUCACGGUGGUUCUGGUCGCCAUCAGCGUGGUCUGGAUCCCCAUCCUGCAGAGCUCCAACAGCGGCCAGCUGUACAUCUACAUCCAGUCGGUGACCAGCUGCCUCGCCCCGCCCAUCACGGCUGUGUUCGCCCUGGCAGUUUUCUGGAGACGAGCCAACGAGCAGACAGGCACCUGCAAGAGAGGAGAUAUGUCUGCACUGCGGCUGGAGGGAGCUUUCUGGGGCCUGAUGCUGGGGCUGGCGCUAGGCCUGGCCAGGAUGGGGCUGGAGUUUGCGUACCCUUCGCCCCGCUGUGGCGUCCCGGACGAGCGCCCCUCCCUCGUGAAGGACGUUCACUACCUCCACUUCGCCAUCCUCCUCUGCGCUCUGACGGCCGGCGCCGUGGUGGGGGUCAGCUUGUUGAGCGGGCCCCCCGCCGAGUCGCAGAUAAAGAACCUCACCUGGUGGACCAUUUCCCGGGGGCGCAUGCCUCCCGAGAUCUCCAUGGCCAGCGCAUCAGCAGGGACCCACUCACCCAGGAGAGGAAAGGAGGAUUCCCAGGAGGGGGCGCCAGGGACCUGCCCCGGCAUGGAUUUCUUCUGCAGUUCCCAGGGGGCGAAGCCUGAGGGACCCCCAGCAAAGGCCCUGAGGGACAUCACAGAGGCCCCCUUCUGGGCGAGGAUCUGUUGCAUCAAUGCUGUCAUCCUGAUGUGUGUCAAUGUCUUCUGCUAUGCCUAUUUCGCUUAACACUACUGCAGCCAGCGGUGUGGGGGAGAUGAUCGG